UUGCAGUAACUUGUACUUCCUCAGCUCAUUUAGUGAAUCACAGCUUCGGCCGCCGCUCUUCUAAUGGCAGCUUAGACCAAACAAGACAAACAGGAAAGCAGCGGACCCAACUGGCUCAAGGAUUUUUCCCUGUGGCGCACCGUGCGUAAAAGGCGCAGUGACUCUUCUGCUGCGCGCUCGAUUCUCCUGAGGACUUUUCGUUUAAUAAAAAAAAAACGGAUAUUGAUCUCUGCUGGACUGAACAAAUUAUGUUAAAAAUGACCGAAGAGCACGACAAGUGUGUGACCGAGCAGCCGUGCAGCCCAUCAGGCACGAACAGCUCCAUGUCCCAGGACGAGUCUGACUCUGAUGCGCCGUCCUCACCGACGGGCUCCGACGGGCACGGAUCUCUACUUGCCAGUUUGAGCAAGAAACUGGACUCCGAGGACGAUGAGCGGUUUCCAGCCUGCAUCCGGGACGCGGUGUCUCAGGUCCUCAAGGGGUAUGACUGGUCUUUGGUCCCCAUGCCGGUGAGAGGGAACGGAUCUAUGAAGAAUAAACCUCACGUGAAGAGACCCAUGAAUGCGUUCAUGGUGUGGGCGCAGGCGGCCCGCAGAAAGCUGGCCGAUCAGUACCCGCACCUGCACAACGCAGAACUGAGCAAGACGCUGGGCAAACUCUGGCGUUUGCUUUCAGAGAGCGAGAAGAGACCGUUUGUAGAUGAAGCAGAGAGACUCCGAGUUCAGCACAAAAAAGACCAUCCAGACUACAAGUACCAACCCCGGAGGAGGAAGAACGUGAAGCCAGGCCAGAGCGACUCUGACUCAGGGGCUGAACUGGCACAUCAUAUGUAUAAAGCAGAGCCAGGAAUGGGAGGACUGGCAGGGAUGUCUGACGGACAUCACCACCCUGAUCAUGCAGGGCAGCCACAUGGACCACCUACACCCCCCACAACCCCCAAAACUGACCUGCACCAUGGAGUGAAGCAGGAUCUGAAGCAUGAAGGUCGUCGUCUCAUUGACAGCAGCAGGCAAAACAUUGACUUCAGCAACGUUGACAUCUCUGAGCUCAGCACUGAUGUCAUCAGCAACAUGGAGACCUUCGACGUCCACGAGUUUGACCAGUAUCUGCCACUGAACGGCCAUGCCUCAGCCUCCUCCGACCACAGUCAUGGGACGGCUCCUGGGCCCAGCGGCUCCUAUGCUCCGUCCUACAGCCAUGCAGGCAGCAACGGAUCAUCCUGGAACAGAAAGUGCGCCGUCUCCUCGUCCUCUCCCUCCUCCAGCGAGGUCAGCCAGCACCGUCUCCAUAUAAAAACGGAGCAGCUCAGCCCCAGCCACUACAGCGAGCACUCCCAUGGGUCACCAUCACAUUCUGAUUACAGCUCCUACAGCAGUCAGGCCUGUCCCACCUCAGCCACGUCAGUUGCCUCGGCCUCUUUCUCCAGCUCCCAGUGUGACUAUACUGACCUCCAGAGCUCUAACUAUUACAACCCUUACUCUGGCUACCCCUCCAGCCUCUACCAGUACCCCUACUUCCACUCAUCCAGACGGCCCUACAGCAGCCCCAUCCUCAACAGUCUGUCCAUGGCUCCGGCCCACAGCCCCACCGCUUCCAGCUGGGAACAGCCCGUCUACACCACUCUGUCCCGGCCUUAAUGGGAACCAGUUUGCACCAGAGACUCGUUCAGUUUGAUGCACUACUUAUGAAGGACACCAAGCCAAGGUGGAGGGGGGCUAGUAGGCUAACCCAUACUAUCCUGAACACACACACACACACAAGAAAAAAGUGCCUGCUGAUUUUAUACAUAGUUCUAUUAUUGAUGCGCUUUUACAGACUUUUUACACAAAGACUAAUUUUGUUUUUAAGUGAGCCAAACUCCUCCAUGAGGACGCAUCGCCGACAUCCCGUACAUACUCUUUAUUUCUUUUCCGUUCAAACUUGUUAAUGCACAACAGAGUGGAGGAAAAAGAAGGUUUGGCCCAAACACACACACACACACACACACACACACACACACACGCACGCACGUGCACACACACACACACAGGAUCUGUCAUGUGAACUUGCAGCAGGAUUGCUGGCCAGAGGAAUAUUGCAGCACACUAUUUGCAUCAAUGGUUCCGGCUCUGAUUCUAGUGUCUUAUUACGUAUUUAUGUUCAUGGAUUAUGAAGUUUUCUUUCAGUAGAUUAAACAUGUGGGUUUUGGUUAUUUUAGAGUACUGUUUUUCUGACUUGAUGAGAGGAAGAGGGUAAAUGGAGUGGAGCAAAGUUCAGAGCAGGUUUUGGUUUUUAAAUAUUCCAGUUUUCAGAAACAAAUCCAUUCCAAGUUUCUAUCAAACAGACAGGACCAACAGACUCGCAGAGGACAGAACAGGUGUCUGAAAUCCACGCUGGGCAAAUUGCGAUUAGUCAUGAUCCGGGCUUAAAGGAACUGGGGUAAAAUAACACCACAUGCUGAGUGACACGUCAGCUGGACCUCCUGUACAUGUCGAUGAAAAACACAAGAAUAUGUGAACGUGUGUGUAUUCGUGUGUGUUACCGUGGAGAGGUAACAUGCAGAUGCAUGCAUGAGAUGUUUUUCUAUGCUCAUCAAAUGAUGCUCAAUUUUUUUAAAGUUUUUAUUUCCUUAAAACGUUAUCCAACUGUUUGAAUUGAACUGAGUGUGUGCCCAUAUUUAUUUCCCCAACCAUCAAAGUGCCAACUCUCUGCUGCAGUCUUAUCAGAAAAAAGAUUUUGUGCCUUCUAAUGUUUAUUGUCAGUAUUUGAAAAUGGACUCUUCACUAACUUCAGGCUGCACGCAAUCCAGACCCUCUGACAGUUAACUGGUGCUCUUAACCUGACUUCAUUCCUGACAGCGUUGUUCUGUAACACGUUUCAAACAAGAAUGCUCCGGUUUUAUCCACAAACCUGUGUUAUGUAUAUCAUUUUGGUGUAUGACUUAAAGAAUAGGAAAAGGCUGUGAAAAAGGUUGUUUUUCUGGAUUCGUUUCACUCGCACAUGCACAGCUAACUCACCCGCUGGCCGUUCUUUUUUAAUAAAAAAAUACCUGUCUUGUA